CGGAUUUGAUCGUGAGGUCAUCGCUUGAUGAUACGCCAGCGAGCAACCCCCAUCCAGUCCAAGCUCCCGUCACUUUGCCAGCCGUUGCCAAUCGCGCCGGGGAUCUCAUCGAACCGAGCGGGGCGGGUAUGUCGGAGGCGGCGGCGGGGACGAGGAGCCGGGUCCUGGUGGUGGGCGCCACCGGCCGCCUCGGCGGCAGCCUCGCGCGGGCCAGCCUCGCCGCUGGCCACCCCACCUUCGCCCUCGUCCGGCCCCACCACCUCGCCCGCCCGGACUCCCCCUCGCUGGGGCCGCUCGUAGCCGCCGGCGCCACGCUGCUCGAGGGGUCGCUGGAGGAUUAUCAGAGCCUGCUCAAGGCAGUACGGCAGGUGGACGUUGUCAUCUGCGCGGUGCCCACGAAGCAGGCGCUCGAGCAGAAGCCCCUGAUCCGGGCGAUAAAGGAAGCUGGAUGCGUGAAGCGAUUUAUUCCGGCUGAAUUUGGACUUGAUCCUACAAAGGUUCAAAUUGGUGACAUGGCUUAUGGCUUCUAUGAGAAGAAAAUUGAAAUCCGCCAUUUGAUAGAGACUGAAGGCAUUCCUCAUACCUACAUAUGCUGCAACUUGUUUAUGCGCUAUUUGCUUCCUUCACUGGUGCAGCCAGGCCUAAAUGCUCCUCCCAGAGACGAAAUUAAGAUAUUUGGUGAAGGAAACACUAAAGGCGUGUUUGUUAAGGAGGGUGAUGUUGCUCAAUUUACAAUAUGUACCAUAGAGGAUCCCAGGACAUUAAACCAGACGCUGUAUCUGAGACCUCCAGGAAACGCCUGCUCAAUGAAUGAGCUGGCUGACCUCUGGGAGAUGAAAAUCAAUAAAUCCCUGAAAAGGGUAUAUAUAACAGAAGAGCAACUCCUAAAAGAAAUACUUGAUGCACCAUUUCCCUUGAAGAUGGAUUUAAUUUUUAUCUAUUCAGCAUUUGUUAAGGGUGACCACAUAUAUUUUGAAAUUGACUUGUUGAGUGAAGGAACUCAACUGUAUCCCCAUGUAAAAUAUACAACAGUGGGCAAGUACUUAGACACACUAGUUUAGAACAUUGAUAUAUCUAUAUCUUUCUUGUAAUUCAUAAACAUGUUUCAAAUGGAAUAUUGAAAGAAGUGGAGCGUGAUGAAUAUCUAUC